GGACACAAUAUAUGAAGCAUUGCGGGACGUGAAAUAUUUGAAAGUAUACAGGAAAGGAGAUGAUUAUCUUGUAAAUACGUUACACUACAAUUCCAGUGACAGAAUAGCACCUAUCGUUAUAACUGCGUCAGAAGAAGGCGUGCUUAUAUUUCCUACAGCAGCUGAAAGAGACAAACACACAGAAGGUCUUUUCGGUGUCCAUGGCUACGACCCUCAUAUAGUGCCAAAUAUGCGACCUUUCUUCAUAGCGAUGGGACCAGCAUUUAAAAAGGGAUAUAUAUCGGAACAUUUUAACUCAGUGGAUAUUUACCCUUUGAUGUGCCAUAUAUUGGGAAUUGAACCUGCGCCAAAUAAUGGUUCCCUUGACAACGUGAAAGGUUUACUAAUGCCAUACAAGAUGCCAUUCACGAAAGUUGCAAUUGUUAUAACUAUUGGUCUGAGUGUGACAAUGGCGGCAAUUUAUGUCAUCUGUGUUUGUUAUAAUGCAAGAACGAAAUCUGGAAAUCCUGUACACGGCUCAAACAUGAUCACAGGAUUUACCUCCCUUAGAUCUCCAACACACCAUUUGCUCAACAGUGAAGAUGAGGACGACGAAUUUUGAUAUAAUUUGUUAAACUGUUUCUGUUAUUAUUCUGUGAUUAAAUAUUGUAGUUAUGUAUACACCAACGUUUGAAUAUCUCGAUGCUUUAUGCAGUAUGAAGAUAAUAUUUAAGUAUUUAAACAUAUGGUAAAUUUCACAACUUUAUAUUGAUUGAUGAACUGAGAAGUAGAAAAAAGUGUAACAUUAAUUAACACGGUGCAUAUCCAUAUCGGUACCCUCUUUGCGAAAUCUGCUCAAACGGUUCCCUCCUUGCACAUGAAUAGGUCAUUCUCUGCUAAAACAUGUAAAAACAAACCAGCGAUGGAUAACAAUCCAGUAAAAUUUCAAUGUAAUAAGGAAAGGAGGUAUGACACGUAGAAAAGAUGUAUACCCAGGGUAAUGUAUAUUCCCUUAGUAUUUCAUGUAAAUAAUUUAUAAUGCAUUGUUAACAUUGAUGAGAAAUUACAUUCUAUAGAGUUAAAAAAAUUCUUCCUAAGCAUUUAUAAAAAAGCCCAUGCGAAAUAAAUAUUUUUCUCAUUUUGCCAUUUGUGUUACACAUUGUUCGUUUUUAUGUUUACAGUACACAUACUAAUUGCUGCCUAUAUUUUUGUAUAAUUCUAAACCAUUUUUAAUCUGAACCUCGGUCAUUG